AGCUGGGACAAUAACAACAAUAAUAGCCGAUUACUGGGUCGGACGGGGUCGCAGGGAGCUUUUAUAAAUGGACCGCGCCCGGUGUGAGCAACUGACGGACCAGCAACUACUGUUUUAAAGGAUUCGCGUGAUUUUACCGGUUUAUUUUCUUAUAUUUUCAGUUUUGUCGGAGUGCUUCCUGCGUGCCCCAACACAACGAAGGGGUUGAAGAAUUGCGGCUAAUAACUCAGCUAGCAUGCUAAUCUGCCCUAUAUAUAUAUAUAUUUUUUUACAUGCAACUAUAUCGGUUUAUACUCCGCUGAACUAACUGUCGCUGUAUUACAUGUACUCUCAAAAAUGCUUUUAAGUUUUGGUCAUGUAUUUUGCAUUAUGGAUAUUUUAUUUCGAUAGCUCACUCCUGGAAAUGCUGCUAUAAAGUUGUAAUAGCCAUUUAACUGAGCCCAGUCUCAGGUGUAAAUAGAAAUAAUAUUGUUUUAUACACUUAAACAGCUAGUUUCUCGGCUGCACCGGGUUGUUUGUUAACUUGUGUCUGUCUUUGUUGUCAGGACAUAUGCUAGCUCGUUAGCAGUGUUGGUAGUUGUGUUAAGGGCAGUGUGACCAGGCCUCGCGGCUGUACUGUACUACUAGGAGAGAUGAAAACAAAAGAUUAGCUUGCUCCCUUGCUAGCUCGCUAACCAACAGCGUUAAUUGCUACCACGGCCAAUUUGCGACUCUUCUUUGAUAAUAUAUCAGCGGCUGAGGCUCAAGGCGCAGAGUUGGUAUGCGUUAACAUUGUUUUCUCUGCCAAAUUUGCCGUUUGGCAGAACAGCCUGUCUUGCAGUUUCUCCACCAGCCUAAAAAAAUGUCUCAGCAGUUAGCUAACAAUAGGUUAUCAUGUAUGUUUAAGUAAUGUCGUUCGUUAUAAUGCAUUUGUAGUAGUUUGUUUAUAAGCAGUAAGAUGGACGAUAGAGAAAGGGGAACUUUUUAAAGAGAUGUUCAAGCUGCCUAUGAACACCCACAAGCAAACUUUUAGAAGGUUUCGUUAUUGUUCAUUAAAUUACAGAGUACAUCAUAUCCAAGUGGGUGUUGAUACUCAAACUGCAACAUCUUAGUUUGCGACCCCUAAAGUCCAGGGAAGGGGUACUCAGUGACACUGCAAUGUCAGAGACUCUGAUAACAGGGCAGACAUCGGAGGAUCUGUUGGCUGACUUUGAGACUUUGCUGAACUCCGGGACUAUUGACCUGGGUGGGGACCAUCAGAUAGUGAUCAUCACCAGUCCCAGCAAUGAGGGACUCCACCCGGCCGAGGUCCCCACCAGCACAGGGGAAAUCCUGCUGUUUGCCACGCCACAGGGCCCUGUUGAUGUGGCGGUCCAGGACAAGAGACGACCUGCUCUGGGAAGACCUCCGGUAAAGAGAAAGUUGGACCUGGAUAGUGACCAUCAGUAUGUCAGCACCACUCGACCGUCCAUAGGCCAAGCACCACCCUCCACACCUGCCCCUCCCAGAGUUCCUCGAACCACGACGGAGAAGUCACGGUAUGACACUUCCUUGAACCUGACCACCAAGCGCUUUCUGGACCUGUUGUCCCAGUCGGCUGACGGCGUGGUGGAUCUGAACUGGGCUUCGCAGGUCCUGGAUGUCCAGAAGAGACGCAUCUACGACAUAACCAACGUCCUGGAGGGAAUCCAGCUCAUCUCCAAGAAGUCCAAGAAUAACAUCCAAUGGCUUGGUAACCGAGUAGAUGCGGCAUUGGUUUCCCGCCAUAAGGAGUUGCAGAGAGAGGUGUGUGACCUCACAGAGGCGGAGGAGCAGCUGGACGAGCUCCUUUCCAAAUGCAACCUACAGCUCAGACUGCUUACAGAGGACCCACAGAACAAGAAGUUGGGCUAUGUGCGCUGCCAGGACUUAAGAAAUUCAUUUGAUUCCCCGGACCAGCUGGUCAUGGUGAUCCAAGCUCCACCAGAGACCCAGAUGCAAGUUUCAGAACCCAGCCAGGGUUACCAGGUGUCGUUGAAGAGCACACGGGGUCCAAUUGACGUCUUCCUCUGUCCAGAGGACAGCUCCGGCGUCUGCAGCCCCGUGACAGGAAGUAGUCCCUCUAAACCCAUUGCUGACCCCUCCUUGGUGCUGCCUCCCACAAAACCCACAGACCAAUCACAAGCCAGAACAUCCACAACAGUCCUGGAAGGGGGUUUAUCAUCGCCAGUGUCCACAUCAUCCACAGUGACAGCAACCUCCCAGCAGGACCCCUCAUCACUGGUGUUAGGUGGGGACACAGAAUCGCUCCUGGGAGGCGACCCAUUCUCCAACCUCGGAGACAUGCCCGAUUUUGACCUCUCGCCCCUCUCUUCAGCGGACUUCCUGAGCGGAGAAGGCCUUCCUCUCCCAUUGGACGGUUUUAUCAAUCUGUCACCCCCCCACAGUCAUGACUACCACUUUGGACUGGAGGACCAUGAAGGGAUCAGUGAACUGUUUGAUUGUGACUUCGGUGACCUGUCGCAUGUUUUGGGGGACAGUUAGAUGAAGACGACGAGGGGAGACAAGAAGCAUGUGUGGGAGUGUAGAUUUCUUCUGUUCUCGGGGGCUUCUAAAAGAAGAAUCAACAUUUUAUGGGCAAAAAAACAAUUUUUGUGUUUUACUUGUGCAGUGUGGGAAAAUGUUUUGUGUAGUAAUUGCCUGUGAUGCUCAAAAUGCCACCCAACUACAACAUCUCAGUCCCCAAAAUUGUACAGCACAUGAUUAGCACUUCUCUUUGGCCAUUUCAGUUUUAGAUCCAGGCUUUAGCUAUAGUAUAGCUAUUUAAAUUAUUUAUAUGAAUGUUGAUAUUUUGUAUGAAGUGCAUUUUUUUGUUAUUGAUAAUGUUUUAUCCAAGUGGAUUGUGCAGGUGUUUGUGUGUAGAGUAUUGACUCAUGGGGCUGGUUUCCUUAACACUGAUUAGCUUACAUGCUACUAAUUCAUAAUGCUGGUUUUUAGAGUCCUCCGUCUGCAGUUUUUUCUCCAAACUGCUGUGCUGCGUCAAUAAAACCGGCAUUAUGAGGUGUGUAGAUUCAGUGCUGAGCUGUCCAAAAGCGUCUCGGAGCUGCGGCGCAGUUUCACACUUCGAAUAGUUUUUUUCCACAAUGGCGGAGGUCAUUAUAAGCACAAAGUAAAGGCUUCUUCAUUAAUAAUUUCUUUUAUCUAAAACAGGGGGGUCCUAACAGAAUGGUUUCUCUAAUGUCUCUGUGUCUACAGUUACACUCAAGGUAUCUUUGCCCCAACUUAAUGACUAGAUUUGUAGAUUUGCACAGGUUUUACAGUCUGACAGUGGAUCAACAAGGAUUUGUAAUAAAUAGCCAAUUAGCCAUUUUUAAUUGCCCUCAAAACCCACUGACCAACAGAUGGGCUGUCUUUACAUGGCUGUAAAUAUUGAUGUGAAAAAUGAAAACAAACAAGAACUUAGAUGCUUUUGGGGAGCUUGACUCUCAUCUCUCUUCAAAUACAUGGUAGCAUAAAGGGUUACCAUGAAAUUUUGAAUUUUCAAACUGUUCUUUGAAAGACACUUUCAAAAGUAGAGACUUCACGGUGUGACCAAUAAUGUGGGUUUGAAGGA